GGAGAUCAGAAACCCUUCACCACGGGCUGCACGGCGGUGGUGGAAGUGAAGAUCUUCGGAAGGUCCCUGGGCAAGGAUGAUGUGCUGCUGGACAUUUGUGUGGCACAGCGGUUGCUGCGCGACAUCAUGGCACGCUACGAUCAUCAGAAUUUGGAUCUGCUGGAUGAGUUUCAGCUUCCGCGACGCAACACCACCGUGGAGGUCAUGGCGAAGGCGAUUCAUGGGCACUUCGUGGAUGGCCUGCAGCAGCAUCACCAGGAAUCUCGCCGAGCUGGGCGAGAAGGUUUGGAACACUUGUCACGAAUCGAAGUGCUGAUCAAGGAAAGUGACGUGGCCUUCGCAGGCUUUGCGGAGCAGUUGACCAUCGAAUGAAAAGGGCUGCCAGGCCGUGGAUGUCCGCGAAUCGCGAAUGCUCG